AUGUCGUCCUCGCUCGGUGCCCAUAAAGCCCUCGUCGCUCGGUCUUAUCCGCUGUUCUCGACACCCUUUUCACCUCUUCCACAGCAUCAAUUUCGGCGCCGUGAUAUCUACCUUACAUCCCGUGGCCACGCUUCAUCUUCCAAAACUCAUACUCGUCCCUCAUCCUCCGCCCAGCCAGCCACAUCCAGAGUCCCUUCUACAUCUUCAACUGCAACUACAUCUCCAGCCAACGAUGUCAAUCCGCCACCCAGCACUCGUCCGGCCGAUCUCAACCUUCCAGACCCGGUUUCACGCUCCGCCGCAACGGCUGAUAAGCUAAAACGCUAUAUCGCAAUGGGCCGUGCAUACCUUUCUUUCUACAAAACCGGCCUCAAAAAUGUUUACCAUAACUAUCGCGCCUCAUUGCCUAUCCGUCGCUCGCUCGGUCUUCCCGCUUACCUUCCUACCUCUCCUCCGCCUGCUCCACCAUCGUCCAAUUCUCAGAGCAACAAGAGCACUGCAUUCCGCAAAGCGAUCGAGUCUGUUAAACUCAGCCGCUCAAGUUUCCAAUUGGUCCGUCGCGCUGCCUACGAUGUCCGGCGCAUGAUCCCUUUCACUCUCAUUCUCAUCGUGUGCGGGGAGAUGACACCCUUAGCUGUCCUAGCCUUGGGGAACGCCGUCACGCCGUUCACCUGUCGUGUCCCUCAGCAACUUGAGAAGGACCGCGCGCAGCGGGUGGCCCGGAAACGCGCCGCUUUAGUUGCGCAGCAGGCAGCCACCAGCGGGUCCGUUACGCCGCCUGCCGCGGGAUCGGAUCUGGAGCUGGAUAUUCUGGUCAAGAUGUAUACAAAUCUGGAAUGGAUCGAGAGUGCGAGCGCCGAGGAAAUCCUGCGCGCGUGUGCGGUGCUGAAUCUCGUGAAGACACAUACUAGAUCUUCCGUGUUACUGUCGCUGUACCGGGCGAGGCUGCAGCGGUAUGCAGAGUACUUGUCUUUGGACGAUCAGUUGAUUAGGCGCUGUGGAGGUGUUCGAGCGAUGGAGGGUGCAGAGGUCAGGACUGCAGUGGAGGAGCGCGGUGGUGUUGGUGUGACCGAGGGUAAGGGGGGCUGGGAUGCGGAGAGGGAUGAGAGACGCUGGCUGGAGAAAUGGCUAGAGAGGAGGUAA